UUUCCUCAGCAACGAGAACCGCUGGAUCCGCUGCAUUUAGUAAGCUUUCUUGCUUUACCUAUCUUAACUAAGUGAAGGUAUUUGUAUUAGAUUUGGCUUCAGUGGCGUGUGAUGGAUGAAAAGCGCAGACCAUCCUGUCAGUAUGGAUACCUGGAAUGCACGAAAUGGAAAACAGAUGUGGACCAAACAGAGGCAGAUGUGAUCUCAAUGGCGGACUCUACUAUAACAGUGGGGGACAUAGAGGGAGAACUCUGUAAGAUUGAACGGAUCAGAGACAUUUUGAUCAGGAGGGAAUCUGAGCUCAGAUACAUGAUGGAUGAUAUCCAGCUAUGUAAAGAAAUUACAAGACUGAAGAAAGAGCUUCAAAAGCUUUUGUCUAUUCCAGGUGAGAUCUGGGAAAGCCUCUUGAAUAUAUUACAGUAA